AGUCAGAGGGCAAUGGGAAGAUGCACAUCACGCUCUGCGACUUGGUCUCCACCUGGGACUCGCUGAGUCCGACCCAGAAGAAGAGCCUAAACCAGCGGUACCAGAUGGGCUGCGAGUGCAAGAUCUCACGCUGCCUCUCCAUCCCCUGCUUCGUCUCCUCCUCGGACGAGUGUCUCUGGACAGACUGGGCGAUGGAGAAGAACAACGUGGACGGGCGGCAGGCGAAGCACUACGCUUGCAUCAAGAGGAGCGACGGCUCGUGCGCCUGGUACCGUGGCAUGGCCCCCCUGAUCCGAGCAAAAGCCGUCUCUGCGAAAGAGGUGGACUCGGGGAACGAUAUAUACGGGAAUCCGAUCAAACGAAUCCAGUAUGAAAUCAAGCAGAUCAAGAUGUUUAAGGGCCCCGACAAGGACAUAGAGUUCAUCUACACGGCUCCGUCCACCGCCGUGUGCGGCCGGCUGCUGGACACCGGCGGGAAGAAGGAGUAUCUCAUCGCAGCCAUUCCCACGUCGCAGCGGCGCUGGCGUGUGCCGCAGAGCUCCUGUCCGUGA